UUCUUAUUUACUUUUGAAUGAAAAUUAAAUUGAGAGUAUCUGAAAAUAAGACUUUAUUUUAUAUUACUGUGGUAGAUAUGUUAUAAUGUGACACUCAUAUUUGCUUAAUGUGUACGUUUAUAAUAUGAGGAUACUUGGUACAUAUUUGUUUCUCUGUUUACGUUUAAUGUUAACUCGGUGCCUGCACAUUGCUUUGCAAAUUGGCUGAUUUGUUUAGUAUGUAACUUAGUACCUUGUAUGUCAUUCAUCUAGUUUCGUAAUUUUUUUUUCUUGUAGUUACAGCAUGAAUGAAGAAGUUGGAAUAUUUUUUUGGUUCAAAAAAUGUAUGACUGCUUAGUUAUUUAUGAAGUUUAGUUCAGUUUUAGUUUUUUUUUUAUUGUUUUUGUAAAUUUGGUGCGGUUCGUGCGAUUUUGUAUAAAUGUGUCCAAAAUCUAUACAUUGAAAUUCAUUCAAAAAAAAAUUAUUUAAUUUCGAAACAAAUAAAAAAUGUUUUUCCUAGGGUUUACGAUUUCGUUGAACGACAUCGUUUAUAUCGUCUGGGGUUUUUGCUUAAAAUUCUUCGUCGUUCAUCGUCUCUCUCUCAUAAGCUUUAGUGUCUGACCUUGACAGGCAUAGUCGCAAAGAGCCAUUGAUAUUCUCCUAUCGAGCUUAAGGGAGUAUGGUUGAGGAAGAGAAAGAUGGUGAGGCUCAGGCCCAAGAAGAGACCACCAAUUUGGUUGUUCCAUGGAUGAGAGCUCCCGUUGAUGUCAGCCAUGUCGAUAGCUGCUCACUCCAAACCCUCCCUUCCCUUCAUCCCAGGUUGAAGGAGGCGUUGGAGAAGAUGGGUAUAUCUUCACUCUUUCCAGUGCAAGUUGCAGUUUGGCAUGAGACAAUAGGGCCUGGCGGUUUCGAAAGAGACGUCUGUGUUAACUCUCCUACAGGAAGUGGAAAGACUCUCUCUUACGCUUUACCUAUUGUCCAGACCCUUUCGUCUCGUGCUGUUAGAUGCCUCCGUGCUUUAGUUGUCUUGCCCACUCGUGAUUUGGCCUUGCAGGUUAAGGGAGUUUUUGAUGCCAUAGCACCAUCUGUGGGGUUAUCUGUUGGAUCAGCUGUGGGUCAAUCUUCGAUAGCUGGUGACAUCGCACAGCUCAUCAAGACACCUAAACUCGACGCAGGGAUAUGCUAUGAUCCUGAGGAUAUAUCACAGAACCUUGAAAGUAGUGCUGUGGACAUAUUGGUAGCUACACCAGGAAGGUUGAUGGACCAUAUUAACAACACAAAGGGCUUUACUCUUGAGCAUUUGCGUUACCUUGUUGUUGAUGAAACCGAUAGAUUGCUUAGAGAGUCAUAUCAAGAGUGGCUCCCAACUGUUCUGAAACUGACUCAGGCAUCUGACGAUGGCCUGUUUCCUUCAUCUACACCUUUUGUUCCUUCCGCUUUUGGUUCUCUUCAGACUAUCCGUAGACAAAGUGUGGAGAGAGGUUUCAAGGGUAAACCAUACCCAAGGCUAGCGAAGUUGGCGUUGUCAGCUACAUUGACACAGGACCCAAGCAAGCUUAUUCAGCUUGACCUGCAUCACCCUUUAUUUAUGACAACUGGGGCAACCCGUUACAGACUACCCGAGAAGUUGGAAUGUCUUAGACUGAUUUGUGAAACCGGGGUGAAGCCUGUAUACUUGGUUGGUCUCUUAAAAGCAUUGGAAGGUGAAAAGUGUAUCGUUUUCACAUCUUCUGUUGAGACAACUCGUCGUCUAUGCAAGCUACUCAACUUUUUCGGUGAUUCAAUGAUAAAAGCAAAAGAGUAUUCAGGUGGUCUUAACCAAGCAGUUCGGAGCAAAGAAAUAAAGGCCUUUAGAAAAGGAGAUAUUAAAGUUCUUAUUUCAUCUGAUGCUUUGGCUCGUGGUAUGGAUGUGGAAUUGGUAACAAAUGUGAUUAAUUAUGACAUGCCUCAAUAUCCAAAAACCUUCAUCCAUCGUGCUGGACGGACAGCUAGAGCUGGUCGUGACGGGCGGUGCUUCACAUUGCUAGGUGAUCAUGAGGUUAGGCGAUUUUCAAGUCUCUUGAAGAAAGUUGGGAAUGCUUCAUGCCCAAUCUAUCCAAUCCCACCCGAUUUGUUUGCUCCUGUCCGUGCCAUUUACGAACCUGCUUUGGCGAAGCUGAAGGAGUCGGUUGAACCAAUAGCACCGAAAAGAGGAAGACAAGUAGGUUUUAAGCACAAUUCAAGAACCACAAACUCCCAAACAAAACGCAACAAAGCGACAUCGGAACAAGCAUAGUUUGGUCUUGGUGUAGCGCACGGGUCAAAUACACCUCAAUUCUUCAGAAAGUUUAGAAUGAUUGUUGCUUUCGUCCAAUUUUGAUGGCUUUUUUCAACUGCGCUUCGUAUAUUUUUCAAUACUCGAGAGGAUAUGUUAGUUUAUUUUUUUCAGUCAACGAAAAUCACUAUUAACAGAUUCUGGCAAGGGAAAUUUGGUUUAAUAUCAAUUUGUUAUCCGAAAAAAAAACUAUCAAAUACUUUAUAGUUCAUAAACUAAGAAAAAAAAGGUAAAGACAACAAUUUUUGCAUAAUCUAUAUAUUAAAUAUAUAUUUCUUUUUUUUUGAACAAAAAUAUAUUUCAUCCUUUCUUUUUCACUUCGUCACAAAGUUACCAUCAUUGGAAACAAAUUCUCUGAUCUCUCCAAUCAAUCGUCUCUUUAUAUUUUUACCGCAGAAGUCGAUCAUCACUUUACAUGUAAAUGGUACAAUGCAUAUUUAAAUGGAAUGGACCAUGUAGGUGAAAUGUAACAUGCUUUUAUUUGCAGUGGUUAUACCAAUUAAACCUUCAAAAAUUGCAUUGCAUUGCAUUUAUAAAACCAAAUGAUCAUCCCAAAGAGAAAGACAACCCAUUAAAAACAUGGCAUAUACGUAGACAGAGCCUUAAACUCAUUUAAGUCAAAAUAUGAAUGAAGACACCAAAAACAGAAUGAUGUCUUUGGAUAGGUGUAAAAGUCUUGGCUCAGUUAUAAAGGUAGGCGAUUGAACUCCGAGUGGUACUCGUGGGCGAAUGAUUAGUUGAUGAUUUGAUGAAUUCAAAGGCUACUAGGUGCCUUUUGUUAUACGUGUGUAAGUGUAACCUUGUUUGAUGAUGUUGAAUGGAUUCACAUGAUGGGAAGAGUAAUCUUCGGCUUCUCAAAAAUGAACAAGAGAGAUAGGUGUUCAGUGAGACUUGUUUUGCAAAAGUUAAUUUUAGUGGUACUUUGCAACAGCAUUACGCCAUAAGUAUAUAAAGAAAAAUAAAUGAUUUAGUUUAAGACCCUAAGAGCAUGAUUAUCGGCGUCUUUUAAGCGUCUUUUAGUUGCUGACUAGGAUAAAAAAUAAAUGAAAAAUGGGAAUUAUCUUAAGGGACGUCGCUUAAUUAAGCACAAGAAGAGACGCAUUUUGUGGACACGUGUCAGGUUGAUAUGGUUUUGGGAGGUCUCCUCUCCGACGACGAAAUCACAGAAAAUUCCGAUCGUGUUCGAGUUACAUACAAGUUUCGUUCUUUUCUUACGAGAAUUUGUUUUCAUCGUCUUGAUCGUGAGACCCGCACAUAUCUUCUGUUCUCAAGUUCAGAGUCCACAUACAGGGCUACAAAUGAUAUGCUGAUUGGUCCAGAUUGGGCUUCUUGAACUCUGUGACAUGGAAACUCUGUGAACUCGGCUUCUACAGCACUGUAGUACUUGAGGCACGAGCAUCAUGUUCUCGCAGUUGCAUGGUCACCAGAUGCAAACUGUCUUGUGAGCGGUGAUAGAAACGAAAAAGUCUGCUGUUGGGAUCCAAGCAAAGGAGAAUUACAGGGCAAAGCACUUGCAGUUAACAUGUUCAGAUGAAGAAAUGAACAGAAUAUGUUCUUCGGACAGGAGCUUUUGACCACACUAGACAAGUAACAUGUUCAGAUGAAGAGAUGGAAAAGGUAAUAAUAAGCUUCUGAUGAUUUUCUACAGGCUUUGCCUCUUCUUUUUUAGCCUGAUUCUGAUCCUCUCCCUAUAUGUUUAGUGUCUGGUUCUGAUGAUUUUACGAUAAUCCUUUGGGAACCAUCUGUUAGCUUACAACCUAAACAAAAAAUGGUUACUACAGCCAGGUUGACUGGUCAUCAACAGGUUACUACUAGCUACUAAACCAUGUGUAUUUCUCACCAAAUGGGCAAUGGAUUGCAGGAGCAAUUGAUAGGAGCAAAACCGCACAAGGGAAAGGUUACAAGAAUUGCUGAAGGCAUAUGAAGCAGCAGCAAAAGUUGUCAGGUACAUUCUUUUAAGUAGUUUUGCGGCAUAACUUCUAACAAGACGUUUCAAGCAUCACUACCACUACGUUCGUUUUUACAUACUCAUAGACUCUGUCUUCGAUCGUUUCCUUUAGAAACUUGUAUGUUUUUGUAAGUACUAGUAUUCACAUGUGUUAGAAACUUGUAUAAAUGAAACUAGUAUUACAAAAAUUUAAGUUUAAUAACAAAAAAAAAAUUAGUGUUUAAUUAAAAAAAAAAAAAUUAAGAACUCUUAAAUACGAGACUUGCAAUGGAGCAUGUAAUUUUCGGGUCUCUUAAUUCACUUUUACAAUUAAAAUGUAUUUAAAAAAAAAAUAAGAGAUCCAUUUAGGGUCUCUAGGAUAAUGAUGCUCUAAACUUGGUUAACCUAGAGAAUAAACCGAGUGGUCGGUCCUUAUCUUUCCCAUGGGUCAGAUCAUCUUCCUCUUAGAAGAAAAUGAUUAAAAGUCUAAUGGUUAGGAUUUGCUCUUUGAUCUUGUCAUCGGUCCAAUGGAAUUGACAAGUACUGGAGAACAAGAACGAAGAUAUGUCAAAACCUCACGAGCUUUGUACACUCCUCUUAAAGAUACAUAUAUAAAUCAACUUGUGAUCGUCACAAGAACAGGCUCACCGCAAAUUGCAUACAUAAUUUUGGUUUAAGCCAAAGAAACGAAGCCACUUCAGAAUAUUUUCAAGCAUUAACAAGUUUAUCUAUUACAGCAAAUUGAGCACUUUCAAGUUUGUUGCAACUUCACUUGAAUAUAUUGCAUUGGAUCGUCAUCUUUGUUAGGGCUUGCAGUCUUAACUCUUUCGGAAUCUUGGAAGGAGUUAACCAAAACAACAUCAUUAUCAGUUUGACAAUAUAGAAGAUUAGAAUUUAACAAAGAUUUACGUAGGCAAAAGCAGAGAAAACAAGAUAGGAGAGGGUCAUCAGAUAGGAGCGAAAGACUAUGCUACAAAACUGUAAUCAUGGAGACUAUUUUCAUCUGAACUAUGCAUUAUUAUUCAUCACUUGACCCUUCCUCCUACUAAAUAAAACAACAAAAGAACUAAUAAAUCGGCCUCAUUGAGAAGAUUAGGCUUAUCAACAGGGAUUAAUUCAGACAUAUGCUUGUCUUAAUUGAUUUAAUCAUCGGCCAAAUAAAAGAGAAUGAUAAGAAACAUACAAAAAAGGACUCAGAAUAUGGGUGGUGAUAUAACAGAAUGGUCGGCAAAUCGGCUUUUUAAGGCCGAUAUUACGACGAACGAGACCUAAUAUCAAUCGUCACUGUCCCAACAAAACAUUAACAGAUUCACAAAAAGAAAAACAACAAUUUUUUUUAAAUAAGGGAAAUAAAUCUCAGUAAGCCAGCGUUUUUCACAUCAAAAAAAUUAAACUCAGACGGUAAUUCCAUAUUUUAGCAACGAUCAUCAUCAAUUUACUUCCCACUAAUCAUUAUAACUAAUUUAACAAUGUGUUACAAAAAAAAAACUAAUUUAAAAAUGUAAUCGCCGAAAUGGCUCCGUAGACCAAAAGAAUCAAGAUCUACAGGUUCCUAUCAGAAAAGCGAAACACGUACAUCUGUUUUUGUCCAAUGUAGCAUCAACGAUCAUAGCCCAUAAGCUAUCGUCGACGUGGCAUCGAACAGUUAGUA